CCUCCUGGGUUAUUGUGUAAAAUGAAAAUAGGUCGCUUGUUUUCCAGCUCGCAGCCACAUUUCCUCUCCUGUUUGUUGGAACAAAGUUAAAAUGUUUUUCACCUGGACUUUGCUGGCCCUGCUUUUUACGUUGAUUUUACUAUAUGGAAUAUGGCCAUAUCGGUUCUUCAAAAAGCUGGGGAUACCUGGACCUCGGCCCCUGCCUUUUAUUGGAACGAUGCUGGGCAUGAGGAAGGGAUUUCUUGCUUUUGACAGAGAGUGCCAUGCCAAGUAUGGGGACAUCUGGGGGUUGUACGAUGGACAUACGCCGGUGUUAAUGGUGACCGACCCUGAGAUUGUUAAAACUGUGAUGGUAAAAGAGUGCUACUCUUUAUUUACCAACCGCAGGGAUUCUGGUUUCUUCAGCGAACCUCUGGAUGAUGCAGUGGCAGCAGUGAAAGACAAACGGUGGAAACGGAUUCGCAACACUCUGUCUCCAUGCUUCACCAGUGGAAGACUGAAACAGAUUUUUCCCCUCGUUGCUCGCUAUGCAGAACAACUUGUUGCAAAACUUGAGGAAACGAAUUUGGAUGAACCCAUCAAUGUCAAACAGUUUGUAGCUCCUUACAGUUUGGACACUGUGACCAGUGCUUCUUUCAGUGUGGAGACAGACUCCAUAAACAAUCCAAACGACCCUAUUAAUGUUCAAAUUAUGAAGGUCCUUAAAGUCAACACUGGGCUUUUCUUUUUGCUAAUGGCAUUUCCCCUCAGUCGUCGUCUGUUAAAGCAGCUCAAAAUUGAGAUCAUGCCCAAAGAAAACAUAAACUUUUUCCUCAACAUUAUCAAGCGAUUUAAAGAUGAGCAUCAUGAAGCCAAAUCUACACGACCAGACUUCCUGCAUGUGUUGAUUCAAAGUGAGAUCCCAGAAAAGAACUAUAAGAACAAUGAAGAACAGCCACGUAAAGGUUUGACUGAACAUGAGAUACUUUCCCAGGCCUUCGUCUUCACCCUUGGAGGCUACGACACCACUAGUAACACUGUUACUCACAUCCUUUAUAAUCUGGCUACAAACCCUGAUGUGUUGCAGACCUUACACAAAGAAAUCGAUGAUAACCUGAAGGAAGAUGCGCCCAUUUUAUACGAGGAGCUGACCAGUCUAAAAUACCUGGACCAAGUUAUACUUGAAUCAAUGCGACUGUUUCCCGUUGCCCCUCGCCUCGACAGGGUGUGCAAAAAAACUGUCAAAGUGAAUGGCCUCACCAUCCCUGAGGGAACUGUGGUUGGAAUUCCUGUGUGGGUGUUGCACAAAGACCCACACUACUGGAACUCACCUGAGCUUUUCAGACCAGAGAGGUUCAGUAAAGACAGCGGGGAGGAGGUGAACCCAUACACGUACAUGCCAUUUGGACUCGGCCCUCGUAACUGCGUUGGGAGGCGCUACGGCCUACUCACCACGAAGAUGGUUAUUGUCCGUCUCUUGCAGAAGUACACUUUGGAAACAUGCAAAGAGACAAUGAUUCCACUUCAGUUUGACUGGAAGUUUCAGCCAGUUCAGCCUGUAAAACUCAAGUUUGUUCUCAGAAAAGAGUAAUCUAAGAGGGAACGUCUCUAAAUCCCAUCAAACAUGUUUUUAUAUCUGCUGCCAAGAUAAAUUCACUGAGUUGAUAUUUUCAACUAUUUUAAAAUGUUAUUGACAGUGGCGCGGCUGCCCCUCUGUUGGUCUU